AACACCACGCGCUUACACCGUUGAGUCUUUGUGCCUCGACUUCCCCAUUUUAUCAUUUCUCUUACUCUUCCUCUCUUGGCCUCUCUCUCUCUCUCUCUCUUCCUCUCUGAAAUUCUAGGGUUUUUAAUUUUCUCCGAUUUCUCAAAUUUCUUAGUUUUAAUUUCUUCAAGUCUUUUAGUGUUUCUUUCGAUGGAAUCGAUUAGAUCUCCAUAUUGGUGCUACAGAUGCAACCGGUUUAUCCGGGUCCGAUCCCAUCAAGAUUCUGUCCACUGCCCCGAUUGCGGCGGAGGAUUCAUCGAAGAAAUCGAAACGCCGUCUCGAUCUCCCGUCCACCAUCGUUUCCCCGCCUCCUCCAUGUACUCCGACGCACCCAGCCCAGCUCUCAGUCCCAGCCCACCUGACACUCCUCGUUUCUUCCGAGCUCGACGAAACGCUGGCGAUCGGUCCCCUUUCAAUCCCGUCGUCGUCCUCCGUGGUCCCACACCGGAAACCGACGACGUAGUUCCCGAUAGAGGGAACAAUAAUUUCGAACUUUAUUACGAUGAUGGGUCCGGGUCGGGUCUUCGACCCUUACCUGCUAGCGUGUCGGAGUUUUUAAUGGGUUCGGGUUUUGAUCGGCUUCUUGAUCAGUUAUCUCAGUUAGAAGUGAACGGAAUUGGCCGUUUCGAGCAUCCGCCCGCUUCAAAGGCGGCGAUUGAAUCAAUGCCAGUGAUUAAGAUCGUUGGAAGCCAUGUGAGCACAGAAUCUCACUGUGCAGUUUGUAAAGAGCCUUUCGAGCUCGAUUCCGAAGCUCGGGAAAUGCCUUGUAAGCAUAUUUACCAUUCGGAUUGUAUUUUACCUUGGCUUUCGAUUCGAAACUCUUGUCCAGUUUGCCGCCAUGAAUUGCCAACGGAAAAUAACGGAAACAAUAUAGGGGAAAAUGAGGCGGUUAGAGACGAAGAAGCUGUGGGAUUAACGAUAUGGAGGUUACCGGGAGGUGGGUUUGCGGUGGGGAGGUUUGCCGGAGGAAGGAGAGCAGCGGAGAGGGAGUUUCCGGUAGUGUUUACGGAGAUGGAUGGUGGGUUUAAUAAUGCGGGUGCUCCUAGAAGGAUAUCGUGGGCGCCUAGUGGGAGAAGGUCACAAGAGAGUAGAGGAUUGGGGCGGGUUUUUCGGAAUUUUGUUUCGUUCUUUGGGAGGUUUAGAAGUUCACCUCGUUCAGGUGCUGAUUCUGGGUUUAUUAGAAGUAGUAGAUCGAGUUCAGUGUUUGGUAGGUCAUCUAGAACGGACAGUAGCUGGGAUUUCGAGGAUUGAAUGUUGGUUGAAUGUAUUUUUUGUCCAUUUUUAGGGUAACCUUUUUUUUUCUUAUAAUCUGAUACUGUAAUGUUGCAGUUUUCCUUAAGGAAGGGAAUGUCUGUAGAUUGUAUGAUUUUACUUUGAUGUAAAUAACAACACUUUGGUGAAGGAUUGAAGAAUUACUCGAGUUUAGUUUCUGUCGAAAGAGAAAGAGGCUUUGAUGAGUCGUUAUGUGCAUCAAUGAGGCAGAAGAAGUGGAUGAAGGAUAAAGUUUUGUGGUUAGCACGAUCCUUUAGUGGUUGCUGAGAGGUUAUCGUAGAGAAAAGCAACCAAAAGCUGCAAUCAAGAACCUCAGCAUUUUACAAAAUUUAGAAAGCAGAUAUCCUAAAUACAAAUAGAACAUGGUAGAACGUUUUGUGGAGCAUAUAUUGUACCAUGAAUUUCCUGUACUUUUCAGUUACAGUUGUUCUAAUAUUAAUUUAUCAUUUACAUCUUCAUUUCUUUUAUAUGCUUUGCAUGUCAUGAAUACAAUGUUUUUCUUUGAUUUCCUAGUAUUCUCAAAUUAGAAGGCCAGGUAAAGUGUCUUUAUGAUUACUUUUUUAUUCUCUAUCUCUCUCUCAUGGACUGGGUUCUUCUGUCUAGAAAAAUUGUGAUGUAAAGUUUUUGAAAAUUUGAUUGAUAGUUUAUCCAUCAAAUAUCUAUAUAAAGAAUCCUUGAACAGUUCUUCACUGUAGCUUGCGGUUUGGAUGUCAUUUAGGAUCAAUGUUGUCAACACUUUCUUGAACAUCAUUGGUGA